AUGGGAAAUAACCAGAAUAGGGAGUACGUAGCCACUGCACAGGCCCAAGUAGUAGCAGGACAACAGUUAGAAAGUAAACUGAACUACUUCGGGAUAGUGCUCAUUAUCAUCGCUGCAAUGAUGGUCAUAUUGUCAUGUUACGCUAUCAAGAGAGGUUGCGUAGGCCAUGCGAGAGACUGGUUGAGAAGAGAAGUUCCGUUGAUAUUGUCAGGACAACCAGUGAGCAACCAGGGUAACGUUAAAUAUCGGAAGGGCGCUGGGACCACAGUUCUGGGGGCUCCCCUAACUGUACCCAGCUGUCUAACCCAUUCUCUUCACAGCUCCGCCUUAACGAGUGCGUUAAGGCGCAUAGAGACCCCGUUGCACAUUAAGACUGGCAACGGGAGUUACAAGCUUAGGGCACACCCUAGGUACACACCUCUCUGCCUACCCCCGGCAGCGAGGCCACACACCUCUGGGUUUAUCCCGCCCAGAGGGACAGGAACAAAGGCCCUUCAGGCCAUCGGCAGUAGUUCUUCUCGGGUGUCAAACGCUAGGAAAGCGUUUAGGGAGAUCAAACCCGAAUUCCCCACGGAGCAGAUCACGGACCCCACCCGUUUCCGCGACGGCCCCCCCCCCCCCGGUCGAGCACCCCUCCCCUCCAAAAACUCCCCGCCGGUUCUCCUCUCCCCCGAAAAGCCCUCCUACACAGGACCAGGCACCCCCCCUCCCCCAUCAUCCGAUAAACUCUCAUCGGAUGACCAGGAUUUCACACUUGUCCAAGGAAAGAGCAAGAAAAAGCCUUCCUCCUCAGUUCCUGUAACCAAGGCCAAGAAAGGCACAGCCCAACCAGCACCCAGACCCGCCAGCCCUAUGACUGUGUGCCCGUCCCCCCCAACCCCCCCAUCCACCUCGGCCACCCAGGAUUCCCAAGCCCUUUCAUCCCUCCCCCAACCCUCUCAAGCCUCCCCUGCCUCUCAGGCCCCCCGAGCCCCCCCGACCUCACAGGACUCUUCGAGCGCCCCAGUGCGCAAACUAUCUCUCCCCCCGCCAAUCUUCAUCCACGAUAAAGGGAUGUGGACUGACAUCUCAAAGGCAUGCGCUGAAAAACGUAUCACCUACACCCACGCCCGCGCAGUAGAGCAGGGCAUCAAAAUAGUGGUCCCAACAAUAGACGACUUCAGGGCUUUAAACGCCCUCCUGAUAGGGAGAAACGUUCCCUAUCACUCCUACACUCUCAAGGAAGACCGCCCCGUCCGGGUGGUCUUCAAAAACAUCCCAGUGGAAAUUUCCGAACAGGAGAUUUCCGAAGAUCUUCGGAACCAAGGAGUUCCAGUCAUCCACGUGCACAGAAUGCACAAGAAAGACGGGACCAAAUACAACAUGGUGGUCGCUUCGUGCGCUCCCACUGAUGGUAAGCACCCGGUGUUCAAAAUCUCCAGGAUUUGUGGGCUCUCCGGCCUCAAGGUGGAGAGACCCCACAAAAACGACAAUCUGUCGCAAUGCCACAGAUGCCAGCUAUACGGCCAUGCGGCAAAAAAUUGCCAUGGCAAGCCGCACCUAGUGUCAAGUGCCUAG